AUGCCGAGGGAAACCUGGUACCCGGAGGUUGAGUGCGCAACAGAGACUGAGGUGACCAAACUUCUGAACACCACGACCUUCCGUGGUAUUCAAGGUACUUCCGAGCGGUACCAGAAAUUGAACUGCUCGAAGGAUGUCGUCCGCAGCUAUGAACUAAAGGGCUGCAGCAUGGAGGAAAUUGUGGCGAACUGCGAAGUUCUGGGGAAAAAAUCAAAGCCGUCAAUUAUGGCCUGCAGAGAUUGCCAGUCGGAGGAGCCUCACAAUGCCCCGGACAGUGGCAUGACAACAGACAACAUCGUGCGCUCGGUCAGCACUGACGGUCUUCAGGAAGCGGAAACGACCCCAAAACAGUUGCUAAGCGACGAGACAACACGUCUCGUGAUGCAGAUCUUACUUAUCUACGUAACUCCAACCAUUGGGCUGCUUGGUGCGAUAGGCAAUGUGUUUAGCAUCAUGAUCUUGGUAAAACACGGGCUGCACAAAUGCUCCAAUAUCCUGCUCUUCUGUCUGGCUAUUACUGACCUUACUUACCUCAUCUCAUACAACAGCAUCCCCAAGAUCCUCUAUGACGUCAUCGGAGUGGAUUUGGCGUGGGCGUUCACGAAAACAGCAGCAAGGGCCGCUUAUACUCUCUAUUUUUUCUUCAACACGCUAGACUACGCCGCCGGCUUCAUCUCUUUGACGAUUCCAAUGUUCAUAACAAUGGAGAGGCUGGUCGCUGUUUUUAUGCCCUUACGUUUUCACGAGAUCAUCACACCCAGGAGAACUUGGUUUACAAUCGGGUUUUUGUAUGCAUUUUGGUACACGUAUAACAUCUACACAACAUUUUGGUUCAAGUUCGGUUACGUCUACAAGGCUAAUCUCAACAUCUCAGUGGGUGUGAUUCAACGUUCAGCUCUCUAUUACAGCGAGGUGGACAAUGUCGUCUUCAUGCAGGAUUUCACGACCUAUAUCAGUAUGAAAAUUCCGCCCUGUUUCACUCUGGUCGGCUGCAUUUUCAUUUCAGUAAAAAUAAAAAUGGCUUCAUCGAAACGAAAGAAGCUGACAUCUGCGAGUGGGAAAGAAUCUUCGUCCAACCGCACGACCAAGAUGCUCCUGGCUGUCUGCUGUGUGUACACUGUAACCUGCGCUAUCUUGUCCCUGCCCACUUACAUCCCGGAGUACGCUUAUUACAACGUCACUGGAAACAUUCCCAGUAACUUUGGACGUAUUGGCUACCUAAUCAUGAACCUAGUUGUAAACAUCAACAGCUCCUGUAAUUUCGUUGUCUAUGUGGGGAUGAACAAAAACUUCAGAGACACCUAUAAAUCUUUGUUCGUUGGUUGCUGUAGAUGCAGAAAAUAA